GCUCCGGCUUACCGUGCCGCCAAUGGGGGUGAGCCGGGUGAGAGCUGGGUGAGUCGAGGGUGAGCAGUGAUCCAUCGCUGCCCCCGGCCUUUUUAUUGGGUUCCAAUCCUGUCAACCCCGAGUGCGGUGCACUGUGCGCCGCUCGGCAGCUUCCCUCGGUUUUCAUCAACCCUCUCUCGGUACCUAACUCCCGUCGCGUUCUGACUAUGGAUCCCUCAAUUUCACCGACACUACAUCUCCCUUCGCUUCCGGACAUUUCGAACCUGGAGAUGAACUUUUACGAAACGUCUUUCUUCCGUCCCACGAGUAGCACCUCGCCGGCUCCCCAACUUCCGCCCCCAGAUCUAGUCCGCGAAAUGAGCAAAGCGCAAGGCCUAAAGGUGGUCAAGUUUGAACGUCUAAAUCUCGUUGUCAAGUUUGGCCACCCUUCCAAGGUGAAGCUGGAAGAAGCACAAGCAAUGUGGGCGAUCGGCCAGUUGUUCCCCGCCAAGGAUGUGCCCGUGCCUGAGCUAUUCGGAUGGAGAGUCGACCAGGGCGAGAACUUCAUCUACAUGAGUUUAAUCAAGGGCCCAACCCUUGGGGAAGUAUGGCCAUUGCUCACCAAAGAGGAUAAGAAAUCCAUCUGUGGUCAGCUGAGCCAAAUGGUGGCCUCUCUCAGGCGGAUCCAACAGCCUUCAUCCCAGCCGUUCAUCGGUUCCAUCAACUACGGUCAGGUGCAGGACAUCUACUUCCGCGGCGGCGAAGAGGCGGGACCCUUCCAUACCGUCUCGGCUUUCAACGACUGGGUACAGUUCACUGCGCUCUCAUGGCUGCCAAUGUCCGAGAGGCCGGUAGAUCCAUACAGAUCCCUCCUUCCCGACAUAUGCAAGGUGUAUUUCACCCACGCCGACCUUCACCUUUACAAUGUCAUCAUCUCCGACACUCCGAGCUGUCGCAGCAUCAUGGGGAUCGUGGACUGGGGGCAGGCGGGUUGGUAUCCAGAAUACUGGGAAUACUGCAAGCUAACUAUUGUCGGACAACACAACCACGAAUGGCGAGAUGGCGGAUGGGCUGACUCGAUUGUGGCAUCUUGCGAGGAUGAAUGGACAGCCUUGUCGGAGUAUUGGAUGUGGCGGAUCCCGUGACGCCCAGUUAGCCUAAAGAAUUCAACUAUGUAAGGUACCGUAGUCUUAAACCUCGUCUUCAAAGUCUUGACGAGCACUGCGUAAAGCUGCGGGCACCGCGCUCGUACCAGAAAAG